UACAACUUCUUCAAAAAUUAUCGUCUCCUCAAUCCUCAUAAUCAAUUCAAAUUCAGAUCUACAAUCCGCGUCUUCGAUCAGCAUUGUCGGUUUGAUUUGUCGUUUCCGCGGCAUUGCGUGUCGUUUUUCGUCAUCGGCGCAGCAAUUGAAGGCGUAUUACAUGUGAGAUUUAUAUGCAAUCGCUGUGUUCUUCAAGUUUCCGCUCGCUCUCCCCGUAUUUUGACCGCGAGGAGGGUUCUGCUGCGCCAGAGUGGUGUUCGUGUUGCCGUGAUUGCCGCCGCAGUGAAUUUGCAGUUCGGGAGGAUUGUGGAUAGCGCGAAACGAGGAUUGGGGAGGGAGGGAUGGACGGAGAGAAGAAGUCUUCGCCGGUGUCCGAUGUCGGGGCUUGGGCUAUGAACGUAAUUAGCUCCGUUGGAAUCAUCAUGGCUAAUAAGCAGCUCAUGUCUUCCAGUGGAUAUGCUUUCAGCUUUGCCACGACAUUGACUGGUUUCCACUUUGCUGUUACUGCUCUUGUUGGCAUGAUAUCAAACGCCACGGGGCUUUCCGCGGCAAAGCACGUGCCAUUAUGGGAGCUUAUUUGGUUUUCAAUUGUAGCGAAUAUGUCUAUCGCUGGGAUGAAUUUCAGCCUCAUGCUAAACUCAGUCGGGUUUUACCAAAUCUCAAAAUUGAGCAUGAUUCCGGUGGUCUGUGUGAUGGAAUGGAUCCUUCAUAAUAAGAAAUACACGAAUGAAGUUAAAAUGUCUGUUGUGGUUGUGGUUAUAGGUGUAGGUGUUUGCACUGUGACUGAUGUCAAAGUGAACGCCAAAGGAUUCAUUUGUGCUUGCGUCGCUGUUUUCUCGACAUCUUUGCAGCAAAUUUCCAUAGGCUCAUUGCAGAAGAAGUACUCAAUCGGAUCCUUCGAAUUAUUGAGUCGAACAGCUCCUAUUCAAGCCGGCUCUCUCCUCGUGCUCGGUCCCAUCGUCGACUAUUUUCUUUCCCAAAAGCUAAUCCUCGACUACAGUUUCACCUUCGGAACCAUCCUAUUCAUACUCCUAUCGUGUUCUCUAGCCGUGUUCUGCAACGUGAGCCAGUACCUCUGCAUCGGGCGCUUCUCAGCCGUCUCAUUCCAAGUUCUCGGCCACAUGAAAACAGUAUGCGUCCUAACUCUAGGAUGGCUUCUGUUCGACUCCGAGCUGACUUUCAAGAACAUCUUGGGGAUGGCUGUCGCCAUUUUCGGCAUGGUGAUCUACAGCUGGGCUGUGGAACUCGAGAAGCAAGGACACUCCAAGAUAGCCAAGAACAGCUUGACCGAAGAGGAAUUCAGAUUAUUGAAAGAGCGAAUCGACUCGUCUCCCCUUAAGGACGCCGAGCUUGCCAUCACCACGAAGGUCUAGUAAAGCUUAUCCUUCUUCUGUUAUUGAUUUAUUAGCAGCACCAUAGCUUUUGUGUAGUUCAUAUUUAUUUUGUUCCGGGAAGAAAAGAAAAAAGAACCUCUUUUAUAUAUAUAUUGCUAUCGAUAAAUUAGAAAUUUAGUUAAAAUGAAUCGACAAAGAUAUAGAAAAGAUGAGGUUUUUAUCUCUAUGACCGCAAUCCGAAAGGGGUGGCCUGAGGCGUUGGGGAUUUGAACCCAUGAUCUUACGGUCACACGUCAACUCCCACGCCACCAGGCCAUCCGUAAUACCUUAAGGAUGACCAUUAAUUUAUUUGUUGUAAUUAGAUAAUGUUGCAAUGCAUUUACCAAUUUGUUGUUUGUUUGGAGGCCACAAUCAAAAUUGUUAAUUGCUUUUGGAUUAGCAGGCUUUGACAUUUGACAAUUCCCAUGUUGGAAAGAGUCUUCUUCUUUGGUCUUUUUGUAAUUGUUGCAAGAUAAUGACCUAUGUAUUUUAAUAAGUUGGAAUUUAUACA